UAUAUGUUGUUAAAAAUAAACAUGUGUGGUACAUUGUUACUGCAGCAACCUUAUGACCUCACAUGAGUCAUUACUUAUAAAUGUUGAUAGAACUAUGACUACAAGAAUUAAGAUGGACCGCAGUCAAAACGAUAAGGUAGCAACCUCAAAUCUUGCUAUUUAAAAAUGUCAAAGACUAAAACAGGAAGAGUACUUCUCACAAAAUUACAUAUAUUAUAGGUGUCUUUACUAUAUAUACCAUUAAAAUUUCCUAACGACCAGCACUUGUAACCAGUAACCUUACACCUUCUCUUCUUACAACUAGAAGGCCUUAACAAUAAUCUCGCACUCUGGUUUCGCGUUAUUCGAAAAAUCUCCUCUCUCAAUCAACCAUGCUAAGAAAAUGUUGCUGCUGUUUCUGCAUUGUUGUAGUACUCGGUGCCCUCGCGUUCACCGCUUGGUUCGUGAUUCGUCAAUUCAGCCCUUCUAAACCGAUGAUUUACCAGGUCACCGAUGCCUUGCUGACGCAAUUCAACCUGACGGCAACCAACAACACCAUCUUUUACAAUCUGUCCCUCAAGAUGACUGUGGAAAACCGUAACAAAUGGAAUGACUUCCACUAUGAACAUUUUGAAGCCGUUCCUAGUUAUAAGAACCAGGAUUUGAGUACCAGUAUUCUAGGACCAUUCGGCGUAGCGCACAGGGAUAAGUACGAGUUGAAUCCAUUGUUCAAAGGACACCGAACGGUGACGGCUCUUAGAAAUGGGGAGGCUUCAAAUUUUAGGAAUAGUUUGGUUUUUGAUAUCGCGUUGAAGAUCUAUUUUAAGUAUUGGACCAAGAUUGCUAUGUACAAGGAUGAGAAGGAGCUCCAGAUGGCUUGCUAUUUGAAGGUUCCAUUGAGUUCUAGCGGAAAACCAGCUGAAAUUUUUCAGAGCACCAAGUGUGACAAGGUCGACCAUUAAAUUUGUUUCACGUUUAGUUUAGAGUAGAUUAUCCUUUUUGUAUCACUCGCUUGUCAUUUCAAGGCAAUCUACGUGUUUGUAUGUAGGAAUUUUUU